GAGAGUCCACGGACUCUCGGGCCUCUUUAUCGAAGUUUGGAUUGUGCACAUACUGAUGUCCCUGCUCACUGAGCCGUUCUUCCACACUACCCCCCAUGGGAAAUGCUGCAGAAGAACUCCGGAGUUCCUGGGGGUGCAUCCCAAUGUGACCUUGAAAAUACGUGCAGCCAAGCUGUUCAAGCACCUGGAUAGAUAUAACCAGCAAGGUCUCAGGAACGUGGCAAUGAAUGGAGUCGUUAUACGUAUCAUAAAUCUUGGUCUUCCUCCAUUGCUGGCAGACUUUGAAUACUAA